GUGGAGGAGAUUCAUUAUGGGAGAAGGAUGCAAGGAUCAUGCCAUUGCUUAUGGCUUAAUGUGGUAUCAUCUUCUAUACAAAUUAAUAAUCGUGGGUUUGUGCUCGCGUGUGUCUCGCGGCCAUUGCGGGGAACGAUGGAGGAGGCAGCAGAGAAGGCUUCCAUGAGAGCAGCUGCGGAAGAACUCUCUCAGGAAUUCAAAACCCUCGUUGAUACUGAGGAUUUGGAUUCCCUCAAGCAAUUACAACAACUCAUAUUGGGCCGGUUGCAGGAUAGCAACGCUGUUCUUUCCCAUUUUAAUGAGUUUUCUGAGAGUUGCUUCACAGAGGUCUCUGCCGAUUUUUCUCGGAACACGCGGCUUUUAAAAUCGAUGAAGUCAGAUCUUGAUUACAUAUUCCAGAAAUUGAGGUACUUUCUUAUCGUGUUUGUAAUUUCAAUAGUGGUACAUGUCUGUUGAAAUCGUCUGGAAUGUUUGUGUAAUCAAGUAACAUGAUUGAGUCUCUUGCUCCCACAAUUGAAGGAUGGUUUUUGGGACUUGUGUUCAUUCAUUGACCAGUUAACAAACAUGAUGUUGCGCUGGAUGUAUUAAAAUUAAGAAGAAAUCUCCAGGAUAAUUUUGUUUUGUGUUUGUCUUGAAUAAAGGGAAAAGAAAGGAUUGGAAUGAAUAACAUUAAAUGUAUAAAUCUGUUUGUCUCUAUAGAUUCCUUUGGGGCAGAAGAAACUUACCGAGUCAAGGCUUCAACAUAGAGCCAAUUGUAUAUGAUGAAAAUGGAAAAAGUGUUAGAAUAGGUUUUGAGGGUGCAAAGUAGAGAAAAGAGACUUUAUGCAUGAAACUUUUGGAAGCACAUGAUGAAGUGCACAAAAUAGAGUCUAGGCUGGAAGAUGAAAUCUUACAACUUCAUAGUCGUCUUUGCUAGGGAUGGUUAGUUACCCUUUCUGUCUAACAAGGUCAUUACUGAUGCAUACAUCAGAUUAAGAGAGGAAUUGGGGGAGAUCACAUUCAGAAUUUGGGAUAGAAGAGAAAGAAACCCUAAUUUGUCGGGAGAUAAGGAGAUGAAUUCUAAUUAAAUGGUCUAGUAAAAGAUAUUAUACAUUAGCCCUAGUAAUGAUAACAAAUUCUAAUUAAAACCCAUUGCCAAUUCUAAUAAGUAUGUAACAAUUACUUGAAUGUUUCUCUAUUCCUCACCUCUAAGAAUUUCAAACUCUUGCAUGUAUAUGUUCCGCUUAUUCAUCUACCAUGAUCAUAGAUCAAUUUAUUGUAAAACUAUGUGUGUGUGUAUAUGGCGUUUUCAUGUAUUUCAAGUAAGGCAUGAUGAAUCGAUCAAGGAUUUAAAGAAUUGGAUGUUGGUAUCAAAGGUUGAAAUUCUGGUGCUGAACAGAGAUAAAAGUGUACAUUUUGUAACCUAAGUAGUAUCUUUCAGGAGGGCUAGAACUGGGGAAGGAGAUGGGAUGAACCAUCAUAGAUAAUGCCUAAGCGGUCUUAGCUUCAACCUCCUGUCUGAUCUUUCUUACGACUAACAACCAUGAACUGGGGUCUGGCUACUUUUUAAAUGUAAUCCAUGUAUGACGUCUCCUGGGAAAUGAAUUUAAGCUAGGGACUAUGGAAUCCAUGCCCCCAGUGACUGUAACUGGUCCCAGGCAAAAAUAUUUAGGGAAAGGAUAGUACCACAAGAAGAUUGGUUUCCUUUUCCUCCCAUUUAAGAGGUUGCAAUUGCUAUGACACCUUGUAGCUGUAUAAUUUUGAUAAUAUCAAAUAUAGGACGGAUAGUUUCAGUUAGUUUAGGACCUCUGUUCUGAGGAACAAAUCAUACACAAUACUAAGUGCUACGGAUGAUGAACUUUCUUUGAGAUAGUUUUUAAAUUCUAAACAGUUAACCUCUAAGUUUGAGUAUGGAGGUUGAUACGGGAAUGCAGCACACUUGAUAAACCAUAUGCCAUGUUUGUAUUCCUUCUUGGUGUUUCAUGUAAAAAUGCGGCAACUUUCAUCUCAAAACUUCAUUUUAAUUAAUUGGUGGUGCCGUGUCAGUUGAUUUGAUGUAAAUAUGAGAUGCAAGGAAAUGCUAAAUGAUAUGAAAAAAAGACUGAGCCAGUGCGUUAAGUUUGCUAGCAAAUUUUCUAUCCCUUCGUCCCCAAAUGAUUGUCCAAUUUGGAUUUUCAUUUUUAUUAUAGUUUGUACUAGAAGUGAAAAUCUCAAUCUAGACGAUCACUGAGGAACGAAGGGAGUAUUUUCAUAUGGAUGACACUGUUGUCUCAUUGCAUCUGAUAUCUUGUAGGUAGCAUUAUUUGUAUCAUCAAGAUGCUAUUUUUCUAAUGUGCAUAUCGAGUUAUCCCAAGUCAGUUAUUCAUUUGUUUAAAUGUUUGUGUUAAAUUUAAAGGAGCAUGAAAAUGAAAAUCAUGGCUACAUAUCCAGAUGCCUUUCCAGAUGAUUCAACCAUAGAAGCACUUGAUAGAAGACCGGACCUUGAACUGCCUCGAUAACUUCCGUGAAUUAUUUUUCUUUCUUUCUGAUUCUUUAAUUGAGCAGUAUGUUUUGUAAUAUCUUUUGCUUUGGGCUUCGUUUAUCUCCUGAAUGUAUCCAACAGAUAAUGUAGUAUACCAUCUAUAAGAAGGGGUGUAAAAAAAGAUACGCAAUUUUGGACUUAUUCAACCAGAAAGAAUAUCAUACUUCCUUGGACUUGAAACAAGUUUUUCAGUUUUGUAUAUAUGUAGAUACGCAAUUUUUAGUAUAAUAAUAAAUAAAACAUUUUUAAGACGUA